AUGUUUCGCGUACUCGUCGUCGUCGCUGUCAUCGCGGCCACGUCGGUCAUUUAUGCAGGUGGUGUCACGCGCAGGACGGUCAGGAGGCAGCGACAGUAUUUGGACAGCGGCGGAUACGACCGCGAUGUGGCCACAAGUAGUGGCGUUUGUCCAGAAAGAAACGGACGGUACCCGUUGGGCAACCAGUGCGACAAAUAUUUACAAUGCGAGAAUGGCGUACCCACAGAAAAAUUAUGUCCCGAUGGACUGUUCUUCAACUCAAAGUCAUCGAUAUUCUCCUACCCGUGCCAAUAUCCACCAGAAGUAGACUGCGAGGGAAGAACCCAAUUGCAACCCCCCCAAUCCUCCAGCGACUGUCCGAGACAGUUCGGUUACUUUCGGCUGGGUGACGAGACAAAAUGUGGUCAGUUUCUAAACUGCGUAAACGGCAUAGGAUACAAAUUUGAUUGUCCCGAAGGAUUGGCGUUCAACGAGUUGACGUUUAGGUGUGACUGGCCAGAUCAGGUGGACACGUGCGACGCAGAAGCAUUCCUUGGAUUUAGAUGCCCACCCGAAGAAAACCCGCUGGAAGGCCACAAACUCCAUCCUAACUCAGUGGAUUGUCAAAAGUUUUACCUUUGCGUUAGCGGUAGGCCUCGGCUAUACAAUUGUGGAACUGGACUAGGAUUCAAUGAACUCAUUGGCGCUUGUGACAUCAGGGAAAACGUAACCUCUUGUUACUCCAGGACACCAGAUAAUUUUGUUCGACUAGGAUGA